UGACAGAUUUUUUUUUUUGGUGAAGUUUCAAAUUGAUGCUCAGAAACUCUGUUCCAAAAAAAACUUUCUUUUUAGCAUCUCAAAUUCAACAACUUCAUCCAACUCUCUCCUCCUUCGCUUGUUCAGCUCCUCGUAUAUUCAAAACCUUCAAAGCGCUCUCUGUUGCAUAAUCAAACCUUAAACCGCAACCACCGUCGAUUCACGACAUGCUGCCCCUUUCUCUUCUGAAGACUGCCCAAGGUCACCCAAUGUUGGUGGAGCUGAAAAAUGGAGAGACUUAUAACGGGCAUUUGGUGAAUUGUGAUACAUGGAUGAACAUCCAUCUAAGAGAAGUCAUUUGUACCUCUAAAGACGGAGAUAGAUUUUGGCGAAUGCCGGAAUGCUACAUUCGUGGAAACACAAUCAAGUAUCUUCGAGUUCCUGAUGAGGUUAUUGACAAAGUUCAGGAAGAAACCAAGAGCCGUGGAGAUCGCAAACCGCCUGGUGUUGGACGUGGAAGGGGAAGGGGGAGAGAGGAUGGUCCUGGUGGACGGCCAGCAAAAGGAAUGGGCCGUGGCCUUGACGAAGGUGGAGCUAAAGGGCCAGGAGGAGGCCGAGGCAGGGGGGGUCCAGGUGGAAAGCCUGGUGGUAACAGAGGUGCAGGGAGAGGUAGAGGUUGAUACAACUGUUACAUGGAACUACUUCAUAUGGUCCAAUUGCUAGUUUUAGAGGCAUCGGAUCCCUGCUCAACAGAUUGCUGUUUGUGAUUCCCUUGCAUUCUUGGUUGUAGGUUUCCAGUGUUUUUUGUUCUUGCAUUUAGAGUCGCGAAAAUGCUGAUAUUACAAGAACUCACCAAAGUGAUGAUGGUGAUAAUGUUAAAUGUUGAAAUAGAAUACAUCCACCCCAUCAUUCAUAUGCUUAGAAAUGUUCCUUCCCAUUGUACACUAAAUGUUUGGGUGGUCCAACUUAAAUUGUUUGUUCUAGUGAUUUUGAGGCAUGGUAUGGUUAAGUUCUUGAAUUGAUGUUCUA